CACUAAUUUCAAAAAAUGGAUAUAGAAAAUGUAAAACCAAAAUUUCCAAUAUCUACCAAGUAGCAUUUAGCCAUUUGCGGAUUUGCCUGCUCUUCUAUCACAAAUCCUUUCUCCUCCCUUCCUAUUUUCUACUGCUCCAUAGCUGGUAAACCCUCCCACUUUCUUUCUCCUCUCACAAACAAAAAUACAGACGUUAAUGGUGGAUUAGGGUUUCGAGAGUCGAGAGAGAGAGAAAACUGAACUAGUUAACUAAAAUCUGUCAUGUCUUCACUUUUACUGAAGCCUUCCCCGCUAUACCAGCAUUCUUCUCGCUCACUAGCUGCUUUUCCAUCAACCUCAAGAGUUCCGGUUUCUUCUGUCACUUCUCCGAGGAAUUUUACCACCCGACGACGAUUAUCUCUGAAAGUUCGCGCGUUGGACAAGUUCUCCUCUGAAAAUGAUAGCAAUGGCAAUUCUACUACUGGAGAAUCUGGUUCUAAGCCAAAAAACAGGAAGGAGAUCCUGCUGGAAUACGUGAAAAAUGUGCAACCAGAAAUUAUGGAUUUAUUUGUCAAAAGGGCAUCUCCACAGGUGGUGGAUGCAAUGCGUCAAACUGUUACGAACAUGAUUGGCAGUUUACCUCCACAGUUUUUUGCUGUAACAGUAACUACAGUGGCUGAAAAUCUUGCUCAACUGAUGUAUAGUGUUAUGAUGACUGGUUAUAUGUUUAGAAAUGCACAGUUCCGAUUGGAACUCCAACAAAGUUUAGAGCAGGUUGCUCUUCCCGAGCCACAAGAAAACAAGGAUAAUUUAGAUUAUGCUCCAGGUACACAGAAAAAGGUGACUGGUGAAGUUAUUCGGUGGAAUAAUAUCUCUGGACCUGAGACAAUAGAUGCUACAAAAUACAUAGAGCUACUUGAAGCAGAAGUAGAAGAAUUGAAUCGUCAAGUUGCCAGAAAAUCCACAAAUGGUCAAAAUGAAUUGUUAGAAUAUAUGAAGUCUCUUGAACCCCAAAACUUGAAGGACUUGACAAGUACUGCAGGAGAAGAUGUCAUUCUGGCAAUGAACACAUUCAUAAAGCGUCUGGUGGCUGUUUCAGAUCCUGCUCAAAUGAAGACUAGUGUUUCAGAGACGAGUGCAACAGAACUUGGCAAGUUAUUAUAUUGGCUAAUGGUGGUGGGCUAUGGUAUCCGCAACAUUGAAGUCCGUUUUGACAUGGAAAGGGUUCUUGGAGCUCCAGCCAAAAUUGCUGAGUUGCCUCCAGGGGAAAUCAUUUAGGCGCUGCUAGAAAUUGGCCUCUUAUUGUUGUCCAUUGUUGCGUUAAUACUCCAUUCGUAAGCUUGUCAGUGACAUGAUUAAUUUAUAUCCGACUUUAGUUUAUUACUGGCUCCUAUUCCAUUGAUAAUAUAGGCUAUAAGAUGCGAAUUUCAGUGAGAUGAAUAUUCAGCUGCUCCUUUUUGUGUUGCUGUACAAGUUCAGAAGCUGGUGAAGUUUAUGCAAGGUUUGCCAGAUGUUUUGCGGGGUGAAAUUUCCAGACUCGCAUCUUCAUCAUGUAAUUGCCCCAGUUUGCAUUUUGGGAUGCUAUAAAAUGCACAAAAGCAUUUUUAAUUAGUGGGUGUGAUUAUUGCAUUAAUAAAAAUGUUCCACUUGUGUUUUUGUGUCC